UUUGAGUCACGUGAUUUUCUGUUGUCAUAGUAACUGCAUAACAAUUGACCUAGAGUCUAGCUGUGGUCAUUAUGCCUGGAAAGAAACAGAUACAGCUUCAAGAAAACUUAGAGACACAAGAGCAAUGGAAUAAUUUCAUAUCAAAAGAAGGUCUUGCAGUUGUUGAUGUAUAUUCUGGAUGGUGCGGUCCAUGCAAAGCAAUCGUUAGUUUGUUUCGCCGGCUUAAGAAUGAGAUAGGUGAUGACCUCCUACGAUUUGGAUUGGCUAAAUCUGAUAAUGUUGAGGACCUAGAAAAGUACAGGAAUAAAUCUGAGCCUUGUUUCUUGAUGUAUUCAGCUGGUGUUCUUGUGGGGGUGGUGCAUGGAGCUCAGGGACCUUUACUGGAGAAAACAUUAAAAGAUAAACUAGAACAUGAGCAUAAAGUACUCAAAGGAGAAGUAGAAAGAAUUGCAGUGGUUGAUGAAGCUCUUGGAGAAGUAAUUGUAAUACCAGGAGAUGAGGAAGAAGAAGAAGAAGAAGUGGAACCUGAGCCAGAGCCAGUAAAGAAACAAGUAACAGUCCUAGUUAUUAAACCGGAUGCAGUUAGAGCUGGCCAGACUGACGAUAUCAUAGAAAAACUGAAAGAGAAAGGAUAUGAAAUACUAACUCAAGAAGAGAGACAACUAACAAAAGAAGAAGCUGCAGAAUUUUACAAACAACAUGAAGAUAAAGAUCAUUUUGAAGAAUUGAUUGACUUUAUGAGCAGCGGUCCAUGCAUGACACUAGUCCUUAGUAAAGGUGACACUGGUGAAGGUGUCAUUCAAGAAGUAAGGGACUUCCUUGGUCCUAAAGAUGUUGAAAAGGCAAAAGAAGAAUCACCUGAUAGUUUGCGUGCAUUAUAUGGAACUGAUAAUAAAGAGAAUGCACUCCAUGCCAGUGACUCACAUGAAACUGCUGCAAGAGAAUUGGCAUUCUUCUUUCCUAAAUUUGAUGUUCCUGGAGCUGGCCCUACCAUCCAACGCACGCUAGCACUAAUAAGACCACUUGCUCUACAAGAACAUAAAGAUGCUAUUCUAACUAAGAUUGAGGAAGCUGGUUUCAAGAUAGCACUAAGUAAAGAACUCACACUGACAAAGGAGCAGGCAGCAGAGUUUUACAAAGAUCAACAAGACAAAGACUACUUUGAUUCAUUGUGUACUCACAUGUCCUCAGGACCUGUACUUGCACUAUGUCUAGCAAGACAAGAUGCUAUAACAAGAUGGAGGGAACUAAUAGGACCAACUGAACUAGACAAAGCAAAGGAAGACUCACCAGAAUCUUUAAGAGCACAGUAUGCACCAGUGGAUGAUAAUAUUCCUUUCAAUCAGCUUCAUGGAACUGACAGUGAAGUGGAGACCACUAAGGAGUUGGAGUUCUUCUUUCCAACUCAACAGACAGUUGCUGUAGUUAAACCAAAUGCUUUGAGUGAGAAAGAGAAUAUUGUUAAGAAGAUAGAGGAGAGUGGUUUUAAAGUCUCCCUCUCCAAAGAGCAGCAACUGACAAAGGAAAUUGCUGAGCAACUGUAUGCCGAUCAUAAAGAUAGUGAAUUCUUUAAUGAGCUCACUGACUUCAUGAGCAGUGGUCCAUCAUUAUUCAUGGUCCUUACAAGAGAGGAUGCUGUUAUGGGAUGGAGAGCACUCAUGGGGCCUACUGAUCCUGAAGAGGCCAAACAAUCACAACCUGAAUCAUUGAGGGCAUUGUUUGGCGAGGACAAGUUAAAAAAUGCUGUUCAUGGAAGUUCCAAUGUUGAGAAUGCAGCUAAGAUUAUUCCUGUUGUAUUUGGUGAAGAAGCAAUUGCAACAGAUAAUAAUGAAGAUGAAACACAACAACAGACAACUGAUUAACAUAACACUCACAUGUAGAUUCAUUAUCAACAAAGAUUAUUAUAAUUACAUGUACAUGUAUUUGCUAAAUUAAUAUCAUAGUACAAUCAUAAUUAAAA